UGUAUGAGGUGUCCUUGGAUAGCUCUUGAAGUGUAGUUUCAUAAUUGAGUGGUCUUUGUUCGAGGAGAGAGAGCUUAUCUUACAAAAAUCGAUCUGGAACGAGCAGUGGUCUGUGAACUCGAGCUGUGAGAGUGCUGAGACUGUUUGGUUGAUAUCUCGAGUUUUACCAAUCCAAUUAAGGCGUGUGAGAUACCAAAAGAAAGCUCUCAAGACGAGGAAUCCGUGAAGGUCUGGUUUGCAUCAAUCGGAGUAGAGUAAGGCUUCCAAAUCGUCCGAGCAGAACGCGACCUCGCAGGGACGGAUUUACUCUUCUAAGAAUCGAGUUAGCCGGAAAACACCCGUUCUAGGGGCUGUUUUCGUAUCAACGAUUAGGGGUUGAAAUAGCAACUUGAGGAGGCUGUUUAGCACCCAUUUCUAAGCAAGGAAUCAGUUCUCAAGCUUCCUUGGCCGAGGCUUUAGCCAUUGGAUCGAGAGGGAAGGUUUUAAAGCUCAUUUGAGGUUGAGGCUAGAGCUUGCUUCCUGUGCUCGUUGCUCGAGAGAUCAUCUAGGAGCGAAGACUUGGUUCGUGCUUCCUCCAUUCGGAUUUUAAACAUUAAUAAACAUGCUCAUGGAUAUUUUACUUUAGAGCCUGCGUGCUCAUGUUUGCCCUGUGUGGCCCUUUGUUUUAAACAAUGUUUUCCGCUGCGUAUUGAAUUGCUUAUUAUGUAUGUUUAUGGAUGACUUAUGUGUGAAUGAUAUUCAUGACGCCUUGUAUAAUAUGAAUGUGUUGGACUGCGGUUGACUAUUCGUAUUGUACGGCGGGUUGUUGACGUGUCCGGGGAGGUCCGGGGCGUGACAAUUAAGUUGGUAUCAGAGCCUUAGUCCAUAAACUUCAUAAUGAAGUCUCAAAAUUCUCUUUUUGAAAAGAUUUUGAAAACCAUAAGCAUAGAAGUUUUGUACUUGGAGAGCUUUUGGUACUUGGGUUGCAAGGUCUCUAAUUGUUAAGAUGGUACCCUUAGCAAUUGGUAUGGCAGUGACUCGAGCCAAAAUGUGUCUUAAGUACCUAUCCGUCAAUUGACAUUUGAUACGAGUCUAACGACUCUUUCCCAAUUUCUUUCAGAAAUGGACCGUGGUGGCAGGAUUACUAGGAGAAACCCGACCGGCCGUGUACCAGAGGAGACUGGACAGGGCAGUCGAAGGACCUCUAGGGCAUCUAGAGGAGCUGGCCGUGGAGGCCGAUCACAGACCGUGAGUGACGGUCAUGUCGACACAGAAAGUGAAACCUACUGGUCCUAUGAGGACUCGACUUACCAACCGGGGACCGAGCCGGUUGAGACCCCUUACGAAGGGGAUGACGAUGAUGUGAGCGAUGAAGAGGGGGAGAAUGACUCCCUAGCAAGAAUAGAGGCGCUGCUCCAACAAUAUCACCGUGAGCGUGAAGAGAGGAGGGAACGCCGAAGGCGCCGGGCUGGGCAACCUUCGGGCAUGGCUUCACGAGGAGGAAGUCAUGGUGCAUCUAGAGUCCAUGUGGAACCACGUGGAGGCCAAAAUGAUGGAGGUCCAACCAUAAGGAUCUCCAAGUACAUCAAAGAAGCAAGAGAUUUGGGGUGCAAACCCUUUGAUGGAGCAGGGGACAUUUCAGUGGCAGCACAAUGGAUCAAGAGGCUAAAUGAAGCGGCCCUUGACAUGCAAAUCGCGCCGAAUCUCAAACUGAGAAUUGCGGUAAGAUUGCUCGAGGGGAUGGCAUCCAAGUGGUGGGAUGGAACCAAGAACAAGUACGGUGAGACCGUUGUUUGGGAGGACUUCCAACGGGAGUUCUUUGCCCAAUACUAUUCUGAUUUCGAGGUGAAUAAGAAGGUGAGGGAAUACACCCUCCUAACCCAAGGGGGUAACAUGUCAGUGAAGGAGCUGGAGUACAAGUUCCGGGAUCUCGCCGACUACAUACCGGAGUAUGCUUGUGACGAGAACCGCAUGGUGAACCACUUUUGGGACGCUCUUGACUUGGAGAUACGUGAUAGGGCAACGCAAUUGCCUAAUAUGACUUUCGCCCAAGUGGUUGAACAAGCAUUGAAAGGGGAGAAACAGUGGGAGGAACGGAAGAAGAGAGACGCCGAAGAGGCGAAGAAGAGAAAAUGGGAGAGUCAUGGCUCCCAAGGUUCCAACAAAAGGGGGAACCACGGAGGAGGAUCUUUCCGGGCACCACCGCCACCAUCAAGGGGGAACCAAGGCCCAAGUGGGCAAGGCUUGAGGUCACAGACCUCAGUGGUAACUCGUUGCAACAAUUGCAAGAGGAACCAUUCCGGUAAAUGUCGCGACCCCCCCUAGAUGUUUCCAAUGUGGGGAUGCCGGGCAUUUGAAGGCACAUUGCCCACAACUGGGCGGGGCAAGGACAUCGGGACCAAGUAGUGGCCCGACGGGUACACGGAAUCAGACCGGGGCUUCUCAAGCAAGCAGGGGGCAAGGGGGAGCAAGUGCGAGCAACGCGCCAUCCGUGAACCAAGGGAGGACCCAGGCUAGGGUCUAUGCGAUGACGGAGGCGGAUGCUCAAGCUAACCCGGACUCCGUCGCAGGUUGAGGCUAGAGCUUGCUUCCUGUGCUCGUUGCUCGAGAGAUCAUCUAGGAGCGAAGACUUGGUUCGUGCUUCCUCCAUUCGGAUUUUAAACAUUAAUAAACAUGCUCAUGGAUAUUUUACUUUAGAGCCUGCGUGCUCAUGUUUGCCCUGUGUGGCCCUUUGUUUUAAACAAUGUUUUCCGCUGCGUAUUGAAUUGCUUAUUAUGUAUGUUUAUGGAUGACUUAUGUGUGAAUGAUAUUCAUGACGCCUUGUAUAAUAUGAAUGUGUUGGACUGCGGUUGAC